AUGGCUUUAGUAUGUCAUGAAUUGAUUCUACAAGUCUCAGCAAACUCAUUAAGUAUUCCUCUCAAGCGAAAACAAAGUAAAGCUAUAAAUCAGCUUACCCAGCUCGAGAAUAACACACCUGAACACAGCUAUAUUUUACCAAGAGAAAUAACCACCCAACAGGACUUUGCAGGCAUUACUCUCACGAGUAUUUUGGUAGACAGCGAAUACAUAGGAGUCAUUGGCGUAGGCACUCCUCCACAAUACUUUCAAGUAGGCUUUGAUACAGGAAGCUCAGAUGUGUGGAUUCCUCACUCUGGUUGUUACACCUGCUCUAAUCGCUCGUUGUUCGAUACGACAAAGUCGUCCACACUUGAUAUGAACGGCUCAAAUGAUACAUGGACAAUCGGCUACGGUGAUGGAUCGCGAGUAUUUGGCAUUAAUGCGAACGAUACUAUAACGAUCGGAGAACUCAAGGUGUCGAACCAACCAAUUGGACUCGUAACGACUCAGUCAGCCGCAUUUGAGCGCAAUUCAGAAAUGGAUGGCAUAUUUGGAUUGUCUUUUUCCAAUAUUUCUCACACACAGCAGAAUAUGCCAGUACCAUGUGCUAUGAAACAACAAGGCCUAAUUAAAAACGCCACAGUCAGUUUCUGGUAUGGUCCCUUUCAUGAUGGCGGUGGUGACGGCGAGGUUUUAUUCGGAGAUGUUAAUCGAGACCAUCACAGUGGCGAGCUUGAAUAUGUACCAACUACUGGUCGUGGGCUCUGGCAGGUUGACAUGGACGGUUUCUCAAUCGACGGCAAGAAGCACGACCAGCAGAAGGAACAGCACGAAAAGCGCGAGAAGCUGCUGCCAAUGAAUGUAUCAUCACUUCCUGCCCUUGUUGACACUGGCACCACACAAAUAGUUCUACCAUCAAAACUUGCCCAAAGUUUUCACAACGCAAUUAAUGGAUCCCAGUUCGCUUUUGGAGGUAGAUGGCAUAUUCCUUGCGACUUGGAAGGAGACGACAAUAAUAUAACUGUCACAUUUACACUCGGGGGCAAGAACUUUUCUGUUCCUGCCGUUGCACUUGUGCGUGAAAGGACUUUGGAUUCAAACAAGACAAUGUGUCUUUCUGCAAUUUCUGGAAUAGAAGGAGAUAAAGUAAUCUUAGGAAAUGGAUUCUUACGAAACUUUUAUUCUGUAUUUGAUUAUGAAAACUCUUGUAUCGGUCUUGCACCUUCUAAGUUUUAA